AUGGCCUCUCCGAAGCCCCAAGUUUCGUGUUCUGCUGUGCCGUCUGUAGAAUUGAGUGUAGUGAAAGUGUUGGACUCUGAUGAGCCACUUGUCGCGAGCUCUUCUGCAGGCACCCCCUGUGUGCAAGUGUUGGACUCUAGUGAGCCACUUGUGCCCAUGACUGUGCUAUCGAAAUCAAUAGCUGGUAGUUCCCGCGCUACUGUUCCCAGUACCGUGUCGGUACUGCCGCCUGCGUCUCCAACGUCGUCUGAGAGCAGCGUGGCUGAUGCGGAACCUCAAGCUCCUGGUUCGUCUGGCCGAAGAGUCCACUACUAUGCCGAGGAAAUAAGAUGCGUAUCAUAUACUCAACAAGACAACAAUCACCAAGACCUUGCUUUAGGUAUACGAGAAGUUCAAAAUGAAAGAAAUGAUGUAACCAAUAGCUAUGCGGAUAAGACGUUAACACCGCAAGAUAAAUCAUUGACAAAUCUUAAAGAUAUGGUUACAACUACAUAUAUAGGCGAAAGUACAGAGCAACGAAGUUCAAUUAGGAGAGGUGAUUCUGAGGCAUUACAACACUGA